CCAGGAGAGAGACAAAGAGAAGUCCAAGGCAACUCUUAAUAUUUCGAGUGAAGUUUUCACGUGUGUUGCUGCUCAGGUAGAACAAAGUGGAGAGAGGGACAAGACGAGGAGAAGGAAAAAAAAAAAGAUUCCGACACACUCAGCUCUUCUAAUUGUGGGUGUGUUCAGAGUGAAAAGUGUCUUACCUGUGUUACUUAUAUGAGGCUUGGGAGAGAGACACACACACUCACUCACUCACUCAUACACACACCUGUCUGUCAACACACCUGCUCUGCACUUGAGAAGCUGCGCUCUCCACUCUGCAUCUCCAGACUGCCAUUCAGAUGUCGCUCUGCAUGAUCUCACACCUCUGCCUCCUGGUGCUGCCAGUGAUGUCACUGCUGCUGCUCUUCUCCCCGAUUGGAUGGAGCUAUGAUAGCCCCGCCCCUGGCUGUCACCUUUACCCCUUCAACGUGACCAUCCGCAGUGACCGCCGCAGCACAUGUAAAGGCACCCACCUUGUCUACGCCUGUGUGGGCUACUGUGAGUCCAGUGCCUUCCCGUCCAGAUACUCUGUCCUGGUGGCCUCCAACUUCACCCACAACAUCACCUCCACUUCCCGCUGCUGCACUAUAAGCAAGGACGCCAAGGUCAAAGUUCACCUGGACUGCCCCCGCGGUCGUCACCAUGAAGAGAUAGAGAUACUGACGGCGAAGGCCUGCCGCUGCGACAUGUGCCGCAAGUCACGCUACUGACGCUCAUGCUGCGUUGCUAACGAUCCACCGGGAUUAGUUACAGUUGAAACAGUUGAAUUAUAAGAGUUUCAGUAAGAAUUUCCACCAGCUUAUUUCUACAAUAAUGUGGCUUUUUUUUUUUUUUUUUUAUGUUGUAGAGCAGCGUUUUGUUUUUUUCCCCAAUCCUGGUCCUGCUCCUGCUCCAACACACCUGAUUUAAAUGAAUUCAUCAAGCUCUGCAAGAGCCUGAUAACGACCUGUUCAUUUGAAUCAGGUGUGUUGGAGCAGGGCAACAUCUAAAACAUGCAGGGCACCGGGUCCCUGAGGACCGGAGCUGGGAAACACUGUUGUAGAGAAUUUACUUUUAUAGCUGAAAACAAAUUGGCUAUAAACCAUGUUACUCUUUAAAAAACAGAGGGGGUCUUGCUUUCUUUCUUUCUUUCUUUCUUGCUGUAAGAGGUUUGGCAGGAGAUGAGAAGAUGGAUCUGCAGAACCACCUGAACCACACGACUGAAACUAAGAUUGACUAAGUUUGCUCUGGAUCACUUACCCAGUGCUUUAGU